CGUAAAGGUGGACAGAUUCGAUUUUCAGUUAAUCAAACAACGGAUCUAGAAAAGAAGUUUGAAACACAUAAGUAUUUGUCACCAAACGAGAGAAAGUUGUUAGCUGCGCGAGUGAAAUUAACUGAAAAACAAGUUAAAACAUGGUUUCAGAAUCGUCGAGCUAAAUGGCGAAGAUUAAAG